AUGUCUCAAUACCAUACACAAAAGAUGCAAAGAUUAAAAGAAGAAGCUGAACAACACCAACAGCAACAACAACAACAACAAUCAUCAUCUCCACAAAGAACUCCACCAAUGUUGACUACUGGUGGAGGGUUUAGGAAUGUAGGUCCUCCUCUUAACCCUACCCCAUCACCAAGUAACAAUAAUAAUAGUAGUUUAGGUAUUAAUGGUAAUAGUAUGAUGAAUAAUAAUAAUAAUAACCAAUCAAUGAGAAGAUCAAGUGGUGGAAGUAGUACAUUGACAGGUUCAGGUAGUAAUAAUGGAGGUGGAGGAGGUGGUAUAGUUGGAGAUCAAACAACUUUAUUAUAUAAUCAUCAACCAAAUAAUAAUCAUCAUCAUCAACAACAUAACCAUCAUCCAAAUCAACAUAUGAAUAAUGGAGGACAAAUGAUGAUGAGAAUGAAACCAAAUAAAUUUAUGGUAACUUAUACUGUUGGAGCAGUAGGAGGUCAACAACAUUGCUUUGGAGUUAAUGCUAUGGCACAUUGUAGUGAUAGUAAUACUUUAUUUACUGCUGGUAGAGAUUCAACUAUUAAAUCAUGGUCAUUGGAUCAUAGCAAUACUACUACACCCACGGUUCAACAUAAACGUAGUUUCCAAGAUCAUUCAGAUUGGGUCAACGAUCUAUUCCUAAGUAAAGAUCAACAACAUUUGGUCAGUUCAUCAUCAGAUUCAACGAUUAAAAUAUGGAAUGUAAAUAAUGCAGAAUGUAUAAAAACCCUAUCAAAACCUCAUGAAGAUUAUGUAAAAUCAUUGGCCUACUCUCCAUUGGUCAAUGUAUUUGCAUCGUCUGGUUUAGAUUCAAAUAUCAUUCUUUGGGAUUUAAAUGAAUGUAUAAAUAUUACUUCAAUCAAUUUAAAUGGUAAUUGUAGUAGUAGUAUUACUAAUCCUUUAAAUGCAACUUCAUUAAAACAACAACAACAACAACAACAAAAAAUACCUAUUACAACAAAAGAAUCAAUUGAUGAAGAAGAAGAUGAUGAAGAUGAUGAUGAAGAAGAAGAAGAAAUGGAAGAAAAAAGUAAUAAUAAUAAUAAUAAUCAAUUUAAUCAAUUUAAUCAAUUUAAUGGAUCAAAAUUAUCACCAAUGUAUAAAGGAAAUAGACAAAUUGUAGGAAGAGCAGGAGGAGAUGGUGUAUCAAUAUAUAGUUUGGCCAUGAAUGAACAAGCAACUUUGGUUAUGGCGGGAUCAACUGGACGGACUAUUCACGGAUGGGAUAUACGUGCCGGUCAAGUAGUACUCAAGCUCAAAGGACAUGUUGACAAUGUACGAUCAUUGACAAUGAGUCCCGAUGGUAAAAUGUGUGUUUCAGCGAGUUCAGAUGGAACAUUUAGAUUGUGGGAUGUUGGUAUGCGAAAGUGUGUUCACACCUUUGACGAUGUUCAUCAAGAUUCUGUUUGGAAGGUGAUUGCAGACCAAUCAUUUAAUCAUAUUAUAUCUGGUGGUCGUGACGGUUACGUCUAUAGUACAGAUCUAAGAACAUUGGAAUCAACACCAAUCGCAAAAGAACCUCAUCCAAUUCUUGGUCUAUUAUUGGAAGAAUAUGAAAAUAGAAUUUGGGUUUCAACAACAGAUUCAACUAUAAAAAAUUAUAAUUUAAAGGUUGAAAAAGAAAAAGAAAAGGAAAAAGAAAAAGAAAAAGAAAAAGAAAUUAGAUUUGUUGAUGAACAAGAUAAUAACCCAACAAAUUCAACGAGUAAUAUUCUUGAAUCAUUAUCUUCUUGUCCAUUAAUUUCAAUUAAAGGUAGAGCAGGAAUUAUUAAACAUCAUUUGUUAAAUAAUCGUAGAUAUUUAUUAACAAGAGAUACAGACGAUUGUACAAGUCUUUGGGAUAUAACCAAAGGCGAGUUGAUAGAGUCGUAUGGUCAAUCGGUAGAUUUUGAUAAAAAGAUUGAAGAAUUGGUGGAAAUUGUAUCGAUUCCCAAAUGGAUGUCGAUCGAUACCAAAACUGGUGGUAUUAAUAUAACUUUGGAAAUACCUCAAUGUUUCAAGGCAGAUGUGAACCUAUUAAACCUUGGUGUCACUCUUUUGGAUGGUGAAGAAGAUUCAAUCUAUAACAUUGGUGAAAGAGUUUUAUCAAGUUUAUUUGCAAAUUGGAAAUUAUUAAAAAUUAAAAAGGAAAAGGAAAAGGAUAAAAAGGAAAAGGAAAAGGAAAAAGAUGAAGAUGAUGGAGAAGAUGGAAAUCAAAAUGAUGAUAAUCAUUCAAUUGUUAGUGGUUCAAGUCAAGUUACAAAUGUUAAUCCAAUUGAUUCACCAAGUUUAUUGGUUGUUGAUAUUGCAAGAAAAUCAAAUAACAGCAAUGUUAAAGAGAGAUCCAAUUUAAAUUUAAAUUCAUCAACUCAAUCUAGUAGUACAACAACUCCAAUUAAUAGUCUAACACCAAAUACAAGUACAAAUUCAAUUGAAGGUUUAUUACAUCAAAAUCAACAAACAAAUAAUAAUUCAAAUAAUAGGAGAAUAAUAUUUGAUUUACCAAAAGAUACAUCUAUUAGAAUUUGGGAAGAGAAUUCAGGUCAUACAUUGAUGCGUAAAUCAAGAUUGGAUGAAUUCACAGGACAAGAAGGUUUGCCACAAUGGAUAUCUGAUUGUCUAUUAAAUGGUAUUUAUAAAUUGGCACCAGAUCCAUCACAAAAAUUGGUCAUCUUUUUAUCUCCAUUUGAAUCAUUCAAUAAUAGUAAUAAUUAUAAUAAUAAUAAUCAUUCAAAUGGUUUUGCCAAUGCUUCUUCUUCUUCAUCUUCUGUUUCAGUUGGACCACGUCAAAAAAUACCAUGUAAUACAAAUUCAAGUGUACUCAUUAAAAGGGUUUGUUUACAUGUUGCACAAAAAGCUCAAUCUCCUCCACAGUACCUAGUCGAUAUCAUGGCCAAUCCAAGUAUUCCACCCGAUGAAUACAUUGAAAUCCUUUGUCAAGGCAAAGUCCUCCUCCCAAAGUACACUUUACAAACUGUCAAAACAUUCUUUUGGAAAUCAAGUGAUGAUAUUCAACUUUUUUAUCGAUUUAAAUCAUUAUCAAAUAUUAAUCAUCAUUUUAAAUCAUUAAAGAAAUAG